AUGCUCUCUGAUUUCUCCGAUAUCGGAUUCUCUUCUUCGUUUAGAAUCAUUACGCUAGCCGAUGGAUUCGGUUCUGUUCGCUUAGCCAGAGGGAAGAUUGAUGAGGAUUCAUCGGAGAUUAUUGUCGCUCUUCGACAAACCGAACGAGAAACGAACGUGAUGGAAGAUGAUGUUGAUGACUCUUCUUCGACCAAGAUGAGCCCUUUCUGGAGAAUCCUUCAAAGUCAUGAUGAUGGAGCUUCAAUCCGGCGAGGAGCUGCAAUCGACGACGGCGGUGGCGAUACAGAGAGAGAAGAUUGA